AUGUGGAAAGACAACAUUACUGAUGUAUCUGCAAAGACAUCUGGAAGUGGCGCUGUAUCAAGGAGUGCCAGUCGCAGGAAAAGGACAAGUUUCUCAAAGGAACAUGUAGAGCUCCUGCGUGCCACAUUUGAGACAGACCCUUACCCAGGAAUCAGCCUCAGAGAGAGUCUCUCCCAAACUACAGGACUGCCAGAGUCUCGCAUACAGGUAUGGUUCCAGAAUAGGAGGGCUCGCACAUUGAAAUGCAAGGAUGGCAAUAAUCCAAUCUGGCAAUCCGAUGCCCCUUUGCCAGCUUACAGUGCCAUGCAGAAUUCACAGAUACAGCUACGCUGUACUGGUGGGGAGGGCAGUGAGUCUGGUAUGGUCACUGUGCCCUCAUGCACUCCACCACCAGCAUACCCCAAUCAUAUUAAACAGGAGAUAAAGAGGGAUGGACUUUAUGGGUGUGACAUUCCGUCCUCCGUGUCUGUUGGCGAUGAUUCAGGUUAUUGCACCCCGUCAUAUGGACAUCAUAAGGGCAGACCUAUGAAUACUGGCAGUCCUUCUUUUCUAAGCCCAGAGCAUCAGAUACCCCCUAACUGGGCUGCAAGGUAUGAGAGGAGCUCCAUGAUGCCCUCUUUUCAUUUCGAUGCUUAUGGCUGCAAUAAGAGCUCCAGUCAGGGCUUUUACUACACUCCAUCUGAGAAACAUCACAUGUCUAACAGCCUCCAGCCCCUAAACCCUGUUACCCCAGACCCAGGCUGCUGGGAGGGUGGUUUGGAGGGCAAUCCCCUAGCCUCCAGCUCUUUUUGUUUGGAGAACCCAGAAAUGCAUGGGAUAGAGGGUCAAGAGGAAAGGGGCAUUCACCAUGCUCCUUUGCCUGAGCUGCCGGCCUUGUCUCUGCAGGAGAUCCUGGGAGAAUUGCAAGGAGACUGGUGGCAAGGAGAAGGACUAAACAGCCACUAA